CUUGUUUCUACGAAGUGGACGGGAGAAGAGACAAAGAAUAUGUAUUGUUCUUUGACAGUCUUUGAAAGUGAGGUAGCUUCGCAGAAGUAAUCGAUUUUCAUGUAUAAUUUCGAUUUAAUUAUUAAUCGAUUUCAUGUAAGCUAUUUUCAUGUAUAAUUCAACUUUCUAUACGUUAUGAAUAAAGCAUAGCGUAAGGUAAUCAGAAACUGCAUGAUGUUACUUUCUUAAAGUAAAAGUUUAAACGAUUUUAUUGAAGCAUACUUGAGAAGUUUUCUUUAGAUCUGAUUGCAAAAAACAUUAUUGCGACUGCAGCUACCAUCCACAUUUUCAUACUUUAUGGAACUGUGUACAACAUGAAAGCCUCGCACUAGAAAAUAAAAAAUGGGUUCCUGGAAGGAUCUGCCAAGAGAGAUUCUUGUGCAUGUUUUCCGCAGUUACCUGAUAACAGAAAAUCAGAAAAGACUCCUAAGAACAGUGGCCCCUGUUUGUUUAGAAUGGGAAGAGGCCUGCAUGGAUAGUUAUCUGUGGUAUACUUUUGAUGGUCAUUUGAACUUUUUGGAGCUAAAGGAACUAUCUUUAAAAGGCUAUCUACAACACACUGAAAUACUGAAGUUCAGUCAUAUUAAUGAUCAACAUUCUGUAAUAGAAUUUGAUGAGAUUUUCAGUGGACUCCCAAAAUUAAAGUAUAUAAAUGUGAAUAAAAUUAAGAAAUCGCAAAAAAAUGUUUUUCAGUCUCUUAUGAAUCAUUGCUUUAAAUUGUCUGAAAUUGACUUUUCAGGCAAAUUUCAGGUACAUAUUAAUUUUGAAAUAAUUCAAGAAUUUUUACAUAUUCGUGGAUCAGCUUUAACUGGAAUUAAUCUUUCAAACGUUCAUCUAGUAAAUGCAGAAAAGUGUUUAAAGAAUAUUGCUGCUUGUUGUCCCAAUUUGCAGCAGCUCUCUCUUUUGAAUAUUGAUUGUAAUCGAAUUCUUUUUCCUUUGUUUGAUUUUCAAGCUCAGUGUUCUUCUCUGAAACUUUUACGGAUGGGUCCUAGAGUAAAAAUACAAGCUAAAAAUAGUAUUUCUUUCCCUGGUUUUCCAGAAUUAGAAGUAUUUUCCUUUAUAAUCGAAAUGGAGUAUUUUGGAGAUGAGCAACUUAAAAAAAUUUUGUUUAACUCCACAAAAUUACAGUAUUUGGAACUUCAAGGCAGUUCAAAUUUAAGUGUGAGAUCCUUAAUCCAAUUACCUGCUAACCUUUUAGAAAAUUUUAUUUUAACUAAAUCAAAUAUAUGUGCUUCACAACAUGUGUAUGAAUUAUUUACCAAAUGGCAUCAGAGUUUGAAGUUUAUAGAUGUUUCUGGUAUGAAAGGGGAGUUUAUUAAUGAAGCAGUAUUAGGUCUUCUUCCACCUGGAAGCAAAUCAUCUGUACGUGGAAUAAAUUUAAGUGGCACUCAAAUAACUGCAUUUACUGUUAAGAAACUUAUUGAAUUGUGUGAUGACUUACAAAUGUUACGUUUGGAUUCUUGCCGCAAGCUUCAAAGGGGAAUGAAACAAGCAUUUAUUGGAAAAUCAGAAUUGCAGUAUCUACUAAAAAAAAUAUCUGAAGAAUGUGCUGAUUGCUGAAAAUUACUCCCAAAAUUAAAGAUAGAAAAAUCAUCAAAGGCUAAUCUUAAAAAGUAUAAUUCUAGUAUACAGUACAGAUGGGAUUUGGUGACAUUAUGAUAAGCAAUGUAAGCGUCAUUUUGGUAUUGGUGACAAUUUUCAAAAUCCUGCCAAUGCCAUAUUGUAUGCUAAGAUUUUAUCCUUAAAAAUAUAGUACACAGACAUUUUUCUACAUUAUUUUGAAAAUUUCAUGUAGUAUCAAUUAUGAGAAAAUUUUAUUUGAAACAUCAAGAAUUGCUUGUAUAUCUCUUUCCAUAUAUUCUAUAUAUUGAAAAUUAGUUAAUCAUUGUGUGCAUUUAAAAAUUGUGAAAAAUGUUUGUUAUAUGAAGUGUGACUUAAUUAUGUAGAGUUUUUGUCACAAGAAAUAGAAAAGGAACCAUACUGUCCCAUUUAGAAAGAUCUCGUAUUAGGCCCUCUUAUAUAAAACAAUUUUAUUUUUCAACCAUGUUGCAUUUGGUAAAAAAACUAAAAAUAAGAAAUAUCUUAUGGAAAAUUAAUACUUAAAUAGAUAUUUUAAAGCUAAUAUUUAUUGUCAUAACAUUCUAAAUAUUCAAGAUUCUUAUUCGUCAUAUGUCAGAAAUUUAAUAAUUUUCCUUUUCAAAUUUAACAAUUUACUUUAUAAUUUUUACUAUCAAAUUGCACUCUUUGACAUGUAAAAUUCUUUCUUUUGUUUGCAGUCUUAGAAAGAUGUAUAAGAUGAGCUUCUCUAAAAGCAAAAUAUCAAUUUCCUGAUCAUAUCAGUAGUGGGUCAGUUAUCAGAAGUUUUGUUUGAAUUUACUAGUUUGUAAAUUCAUGUUCAUGAUUAAACAGUAAUAAGUAAUUUAGACAUUUUCUCCCAUUUUUUCCCAUUCCUCGUGUGACUUGAUUGCAUUAUUUUUCUUAUGCUUAUUCAAAAUAGUGUUAUUAAUAUUGUUUGAAUAUGAUCUGAAUGUUCUGUAACAUUUUACAUAAUUGUACAUGUAAGUAUCUGCAUGGAAAAUGUUUUCCAAUUUUAGGUGGAAAAAGAAAAAAAAAAAUAGUAAUAAUAAUAAUAAUAAUAAUGUAUAUUACCUAGUUUGCAAUUUCAGGAUUAAUGAUGUGUUUUUGUAUUAAAAUCAUUUUUAAUCAAAAAUAAAUGAAAACUGAAAGAGAUUAAUGUUAAUUAUAUGAUGUUGAAUUCAUGAAGUCAUUUUUCUCAUUGUAAAUUCCAUAAGGAUAAAAAUUCAUAUUCAAAUGUAAAAAUUCAUAAAAUACAGUCAAAACUAAGAAGUUGUAGUGCUACAUACCAUAUCUUAAAAUACACACACUUAGUAUUUUGUACUUUUAAUAAGAUGCUUGUCAUACUAAUAAAGUCAGUUUUUACUGAA